AUGCCCUGUGCGCUUCGACCGCCUCACAACAGCGACCCGCGAAGUCCCAAGCGCGCCUCCUGGGCUGCCGAGGCUCCAGAGCCAAGAGAGGGAGCGCGCGCGCGCGCGCCGUGCGUCCUUCCCCCAGAGGGGCGGGGCCGGGGAAGGCGGAGGAAGCUGCUCGGGCCAGGUAAGCGGAAAGCGCGCGCUCGCGCUGCUACGUGCGCUGCUGCGGGUGGGAGGUUUGCAACGCCGGUGUGUUGUGGGGUCUCCCUGUCUCCGCCCCCCCAUCCCUCCUCCGUGAUGGAAGCUGCUCCGGCCCUUUGUGGAUGUCACCUCGGAGGAAUGUGGCCCGCAGAACAGAGGAAGCUGCCUUAUACCGGGUCUGAGCAUAGGCCCAUGUAAUUUUGUGUUAUUUUGCAAGCAGCUGUCCGGGGUUUGGGUCUCUCUCCCAAGUUUGUGCUGAGGAGUGAGCCUGGGAAUGGAUCGUCUGCGUUCAGACGUCAGGGCUGUCACCUAUUUUUGUUUUGCUUUCCCUGGCAGGCUAAAGUGGCCUUGCCAAGGAGUUGUUUGAGAGGCAGAACUUCCAAUACCGCCCCCCCCCCCGAGCAUGGAGAUGCAAUGGCUAAAAUGACCGGAAGAAACAGAAAUCAGGAAGACCAAAAUGUUAAUAAAGGAAUUGGGACCACUGUAAACAGUUAAAAUCGUUAGUAGGAUUGGAAUAUCACUUGUAGUUUAAUGGUGAAUUCUGGAUACAACGGAGAGAUAAAAGAUUUGGAUUAUUAUAAAAGAUGCAGGAGGAAAUGAUUAACAAUAGGACUCACAAAGGGGAGAAGGGAAGUAAAAGAGAUUCCUUGGAAUCUUGUUUUUAUGUUGUAUGUUGAAUAUGUGACUGUAAAAUUGUAAUCUGAAAAAAACACCAAAUAAAUACAUUUAAAGAACUUCUAAUAUUUUCCCCCUGAGCAUAGAGAUACAGUGAGGGUGGAAGUUGUCACUGGUUGGCAUUUGCCAACUAGUUUUCAGAUGUUUGAAAGCUUCCCCAUAGAAGUGGGAAACUUUUUCUUUCCUUUCCUUUCCAGCUUGAAGUUUAAGUCUAUGUGGAAGUCACACUGACACUGAAGAAGCCUUUCCCCAUGUGGGUGUAUGUGAAUGAAAGAGUGAGUUAUGGAUGCUAAUAAAUUGUGGCGGAUGGUACUCUGCCCAUUCUUAAGGGCCCUCUCUGCUUCACAUUACGCAAGCAGAGUAUUGGCAGCAGGCUCUGGAGCUCUGCUUUUGCUUGCACACACCCAAUCUGUUCCCUCCAUUUGACACUGCAAGCCUUGCUUUCUGUACAAGGAGCAAAUGAAGAACUGCAAUCUUUGAAGAGGUUCUAAAUGUGACACGACUCAAGAAUCACUAUGUCUAAAAGUAUUGAGGGACAAAUGGUUUUCCUUUCAAGGAUUGUCAGGCUUUUAUUAUGUUGGCAAAUGGCUUUACGGUCAUUCAGUUUCUUACAUGGGUGGAGUUAAGAAUUCUGCAAACAACAUCUUGUAAAGUCUACCUGAUAAAAUGUAGGAGGCCUGGGAUUCUAUGUUUGUAUAACUAGGAUUCAGCACACCCUCGAAUCACCGUUUGCUGGGUUUUUGUUGCCAAGCCUACUGUUUUUCUUCCUAUUAGCUGAAUAGCUCCCAUGAGAUGCAUUUUGCUCUUGGUUGUGUUCUAUGCUUGGUAGACAGUCUCUACUAAUGGCUUUAUGAAAGCUGAAAUACCUAUCACAGUACUCUGUGCUUAAAAGAUAUCACAGGGCGCAAUUAUUAACACUUCAAUUACAUAAUGUACAGAUGUUCUAUGUUUACUUAAAGGUAAGCCCCAGUGAGCUCAGUGAGUGAAUAAGAUUACAAGCCCUUUUUAUUUUAUGUAGUUAAAAGGUUUGCACUCUGCAUUUUUGCCCUUAAAGAACCCCAGUGUGUUAAUCACUAUUGAAGGUGCAAACAUUGCAAUGACAUUCGUAUUUAGCAUUCUAUGAAACAUUUUAUAGAAUAUGUUUUGCGAAAGACCCUGUGUCAUCUGAGAACUUAUCUGAAUCGGAGCUCUUCUGUUAUACUUCUGCCCUUAAUACAAUUCUGUAGUGGCUGUAGAAAAGAUGAACCUGUUUCUUUCAUUACAGGAUCUGAAAUGUCUUACAAAAAGGUUCUCAUUACUAGAGCUGAUUGUAUAGAAAACCUGCUCUCUGAAAAAAAAUACGAAGAUAUUGGAAGUCAUCUUGCGUAUCUUGAAACUGUUGAUAUGACUGUAGACUGUCUCCAGGAAACGGAUAUUACCAAAGCUGUGUUCAGAAUCCUCAAGAACUGUCCCUCUGUGGUACUGAAAAAUAAGGCAAAGCAUUUACUAUCGAAGUGGAAAACACUUUAUAAGCAUUAUUACAAUCAAUGCAUACAAAUUAAGCCAGUAUUACCUGAUAAUGCAAAAGAAGAUUCUGAUCCCCUUAAUGUAGUCCUGGCAGAUGCAAACACUUCUGGAAAACUGAAUCAGCAUGAGAUAUUAGGCCCUGCCAGUUCCAAGGGUUGCCUGCUAUCAGAAAACCAUCCACAAGAUACUGGAAGUAAUGUGCAAAAAGACAACGCAAUUCAGCCUGCACUUCAAGAGCACUUGAGUUCUGUUAGUGAAACAAGCCCAUUUCAGGUUCAUACUACAGCUAUGAGAUGCAAAUGUAUAGAGCUUCUUUAUGAAGCUUUGAUUGACUCAACAAGUAAUGCAAGUGAAAAGCACCACAAGAUUGCUGAAGAAGUUGAACAACAUAUCUUUGUACUUCAUGCUAAAAACGACAGAAAAUACAAAAACUGCAUCCGAAGCAAAGUUUCUAACUUGAAGAAUCCAAAAAAUGCUCACUUAAAACGUAACCUGCUUCUAGGGACUUUGAAUCCUAAGACAUUUGCUGAGAUGUCCACAAUGGAAAUGGCCCAUGAUGAACUAAAGCAGCUCAGAGCUUCGUAUACAGAAUCAUCUGUUCUGGAGCAUCAGCUCCCUCAAAGCAUCAGUGGUACACAUACAGACAAAAUAAAAUGUAGACGCUGUGAAAAAUUUGAUUGCACUGUUACUGCAAUUGCCAGGGGAGCUCUUUUCCUUCCUGGUUGGGUACGAAAUGCAAAUCCAGAUGAACAAAUGAUGACUUAUGUAAUUUGUAAUGAAUGUGGAGAGCAGUGGUACCACAGCAGAUGGAUUUGUUUGUGAUUAUGCAUCCUUUAAUCCCUACGUCUUCAGAGGAGAUAUGAAUAUGAAAUUACCAAAGUACAGCUAUCUGAAUAAGGAAUAUUUAAAGUGCUGUAAUGCAAUAAAAAGUGGAUGAGCAUUAUGAAGUAAAAUGAUUAUAAAGCUAUUUGAGAGAUCAAAGUUUAAGUUGCUUUAAACUAUUUUUAAUAUUGUGUUUUAAUAUUAAUGUUGUGUUUUAAUUGUUGUAAAAAAUAAAUUGUUGUAAAAAGUAAACUGGAACCUUAGGGUGAAGGGCAGG